UCUAAUCUAGGGUUUCCCUCUCUUUCCUAUACAUCUUCAUUUUCUCAGUCCGAUCAGUUCCUUUUCGCAAGUUACUAAUUCAUCACUAUUUACUUUAGACCAUUCGAAUUACGAUUCAGAAAAAAUGGCUAUUAAUCUGUCGGAAGGUUCUAUAGCGAUGAUGUCUAGCGGAGAAACCGAAGGGGUGGAUUUGAAUCCGGUGGUUCAAAUCGCUGAUUUGAAGCUGGUGAAUACGCAGAAUCAGGCUUCGGAGAGGUAUCGUCUUCUUUUAUCAGACGGAAAGCAUCUUCAACAGGGUAUGCUUGCUACGCAGAAGAAUGAUUUGGUUAGAUCUGAGAAACUGCAGAAAGGAUCUGUUGUUCAAUUAAAGCAGUAUAUUUGUAAUGUUAUACAGGGGCGGAUGAUCAUUAUUAUUAUUGAUUUGGAUGUGAUACUUGAGAGGUGUGAUCCAAUAGGUGAACCAAAGCAAUAUAAUAUUUCUCCAUCAGCUGCAAGAUCUUCUACACCAGUACAGUCUGGCAUAGAUCAGUCUAGUAUUAACACAAGUCAUGCACCACCUUCUUAUGCUGGUAGCUCAUCAAUUGGCUCAAGACCAAAUGUGACGGUAGGAACUUUGCCAAACCAACCAAGGGCUGCAGAUUUACAUUCACAUAACAGUUCCUUUUCGAGAAAUGUGUCUAACCCACAUCCCAUGAGUGUUAAACCAGAACCUCCUGCAACAAUUCCACGCCCAUCAUUUAGUACUCAUGCUCCUCCUCAAGCUGCUCAUCAGCAACCACCUCCAAUGUAUACAAAUAGAGGGCCCAUAUCUAGAAAUGAAGCCCCAUCUAAGAUUAUUCCAAUUGCUGCUUUAAGCCCAUUUAUGGGUAAAUGGACAAUUAAGGCCAGAGUUACCGCAAAGGGAGAUCUUCGACACUACAAUAAUCCUCGAGGAGAUGGUAAAGUGUUUGCCUUUGAUCUUCUCGAUUCUGACGGUGGUGAAAUUAAAGUCACAUGCUUUAACGCUGUUGCUGACCAAUUCUACAAUCAAAUCGAAACUGGUAAAGUUUAUCUUAUUUCAAAAGCAUCCUUAAAGCCUGCUCAGAAAAUGUUCAAUCACCUCCGAAAUGAAUAUGAGAUCUUCCUUGACAUUACUUCAACGGUUGAACCUUUUCACGAGGAUAAUACAAUCCCACAACAACAGUUCCAUUUCUGUCCACUAAGUGACAUUGAGAAUAUGGAGGCCAACAGUGUAACUGAUGUCAUUGGUGUGGUUUGCUUUAUCAGUGCCUCUUCAUCACUAAUGAGGAAAAAUGGAACCGAAACUCAUAAAAGAGUUCUCCAACUAAAGGACAUAUCUGGUAGAAGUAUUGAACUGACUUUAUGGGGAAACUUCUGCAAUGCAGAAGGUCUUGAACUACAAAACAUAUGUGAUUCUGGUGCAUCGCCCAUUCUUGCUGUGAAAGCAGCUAGGGUUAGUGAUUUUAGUGGGAAGACUAUCGGAACUAUAUCUACAAGCCAGUUGUUCAUUAAUCCUGAUUUCCCAGAAGCUCACAAACUAAAAGAUUGGUUUGAAAAGGAAGGGAAGAACACUCCAUCGAUAUCGAUAUCCAAAGGGAUUUCAAACACAGGAAGAAUGGAUGUCAGGAAAACCAUAACCCAGAUUAAAGAUGAGAAGCUGGGAACAUCCGAAAAGCCAGAUUGGAUAACAAUAAGUGCGACUAUAUCGUUCAUAAAAGUCGAUAACUUCUGCUAUACAGCAUGCCCGAUCAUGAUUGGAGAUAGACAAUGCAGCAAAAAGGUUACUAACAACGGAGAUGGGAAAUGGCGAUGCGAAAGGUGCGAUCAAUCAGUAGACGAGUGUGAUUAUCGAUACAUUCUCCAGUUCCAGAUUCAAGAUCACACAGGAUUAACAUGGGUAACUUCGUUUCAAGAGACUGGCGAGGAUAUAAUGGGUAUUUCCGCCAAGAACCUCUACUACUUGAAAUACGAAGAACAGGAAGAAGAAAAAUUCUCUGAGAUUGUUCACAACGUACUGUUUAACAAGUACAUGUUCAAGCUGAAAGUGAAGGAGGAAGUUUAUAGCGACGAACAGCGUGUGAAGUCUACAGUCGUGAAAGCAGAAAAGCUAGACUUUUUAUCCGAAUCAAAGUUUCUUCUCGAUUUAUUAAUGGAUAAAGAAAAAGUGGGUGUUUCCAAUUCAGUGCCUCCUAAAUUCAAUGAAAGUGCCCCGGUUAUGAAUAGAACAGUUGAGAAUACUUGGUCUGGUCCAAGUGUUCCGAAUUACUCAUCAAACAAAAAUUUGGGUCAAUUUGGCGGGUCUUCUUAUUCUUCUUCUUCUGGUUUGUCUAUGAAUUGUAACAGCUGUGGCGGUUCAGGUCAUUCAUCGGCAACAUGCCCUAGCUUUCUGAAUAGUCAGGGACAGUCUUAUGGCGGCGGGUUUGCUAAUAAUAAUAAUAAUAACAACAAUAGUAGGGUUUCUGGUGGUGGAUCUGGAGAAUGUUUCAAAUGUCAUCAAACUGGUCAUUGGGCUAGAGAUUGUCCAGGAACAAACAAUGCUGCUGCUGCUGGAAGAUAUGAUGGCGGUUCUAGGCAAAGAGUUGGGUACUAAGUAACAUAUGGGUUAAAUGGAUUAGGUUUUUGGUUUUGGUUUUGGAUCUGGGUCUGGUCAAGGUUUCUUAAUUUGUGUGUACAGACUUUAUGAGUUUGGGAUGUAAGCUAAAGGUUUGUGCAAGAAACUUUUCUACAUUGCAUGUUUAAUUCU